AUGGUUGCCUUCAGGGUUUGCGAGAAUAGUGUUGAUCUGGAGGGCCCUCGAGUCAAGCUCGUCAAUGUCCUCCAGGACGUCGACGUGUUGAUCUUGACUAUCCGCGUCAAUGGACUGAGCAGCCAGAUUCCCCUCACCGACGCCGCCAAGGCCGCGAGCGGGCGUCCUCAUACUGCGCCGGCUGGUGAGGACCUCCUAACAGAGCUCAUCGACGUCGGCCGGUGGUACCAGCUCAGCAUUCUGCGCCUCUCCUCUGGGCAUAUAGACUCCGCGACGCCGUUACCGGUGAACAUCAUCGCCGGAGAUGGUAACACUCCCUCUACGCUGACGGACGUGAGAGACGUUGGAAGAUUCACUGCGCGCAUCGUCGCCGAUCCUCGCACCAUCAACAAGACGGUUCUCGUCUAUAAUGCCGUUCUCUCCCAGAAUCAGAUUUUCGACAUGCUGGAUAAGAUGAGUGGCGAGACUUCCAAGCGUGACUACAUGGGUAUGUCUGCUGAGGGCUUGGAGACCGCUCUCUCGGAGCCUUUGACAAUGGACGCGAUCGAGGAAAACGCUUUUGAUCAUAGGAUGACAAUAUUUCACGAGUACUGGUACUCCAUGGGCGUCCGCGGAGACAACACUUCAGAGUACGCCGACUUCCUUGGGUACAUUGACGGCACAAAGUUGUACCCUGACUUCAAACUCAUCGACUUCAAAUCCUUCCUUGAAUAG